AUGACGUUGAAACAUCUUGUCGAGACACAAAUGAAAGAGUUGAAACAAAUGAUAGACAAGAGAAAAGAGGAACUCUUUCAGCAAAUUGAUCUGGAAUGUCAUGAAAGUACUCAAUUAAUGAGAUCCAUGUUGAAUCAAGGAAAUGAAACGAAAGAAUUAGUGAAAGAGUUCAGUAAUAUUUCACAAAUGAAUGGCUAUCAAUUACUUGAAAAGAAAGUGAAUCUUCUCAAGACGGCGAUUAAUAAUUAUGAAACUAUGGUAAAUCAAGUCAAGAAUAUUGAUAUUAAAUCACUUCAUAAUAUCUUCGUGGAGAACAUUGAAAAGGAGGAUGCAUUUGUAAAAGUGAAAAAUGAUUUAUCAACAUUGGGAAAUGUGAAAAAGAGUGUUGUCACAGAUUCGUCAUGGAAAUUUGAAUAUUCCAAGACAGAAAUUCUUGAUUUUCCGAAUCAUGUUAAUGGAUGGAAAUUGUACCGAAUUACCCAUUCGAAUUUCAACUUUCGAAACUUUUCGUACAAGCUGAAAAUACAUAGUUUUGAAAAGACAAACAACAGUUGGGGUUUAGUAAUUGGAAUAGUGAAUAUAAAUCAAAACGGAUGGAUUAGUUAUGGAUUGGUUUUUCUGGAUGGAGGUGUUACAAAUAGUGGUGACUAUAAACCUUUCUCAGAUCCAUUAAGAAAAGGCGAUAUUGUGGAAGUAAUUUAUUCCAAACGUUCACUCUACUUUAAUGUGAAUGGAAAAGGAGCUAAACUUGCAUUUAAAGAAAUACUAGAUGUAGAUUAUCAACCUGCUGUUUCUAUUGCAGCAGAAAAGGAUAUUCGUUUGGAACUCAUCACACAAUAA